CCAAAGUUCUUCUGGUUCAGCCCACCUGCCCAAAUCACCGCUAUUGCAGCCCCUUUGGCAGUGGAGGUCAAUCACAGCUGUGAGGAGACAUGGGUGCCUUCUCAUCCUUCAUUCAAGGAGAGGUUUCCAGAAAGCAGGGAUUCAGUCUCCAAAAUCUAUGCUGUCUCUCAGUGGGAGGUCUGUCCAGCCAGCAGUGCAUAGUUGGACAAUAAUGCAGCUGACCAUUAGUAGAAAGAAUUUCAAUAGCUUUUUUGGGACUAAACAGACCAUCGAAACAUAAGAAAAUUAAAAGGGUAUGAAUUUAACAAAAAGUAAAUGUGAGCAUGUUGCAAAGGAACAAAUAACAGGAAUCUAGAGUGGUCCAAGGCUGUUCCUUUGCCUUUAUGGCUAAAAAUAAAGGCCAGUUAGUGUGUCAACUGCAUUUUCUCCUCUUUUGAACUCUUUCAAAUUACUUCAUAAUAAUUAUAGCAUGUGAUAUCAAAGUGAUAUCACAUGCUAUAAUGUCUGUGGCUUUGCAUGCUUCAAAAGGAAGAGAUAUUGUGAAGAGAAUAUAGGUUAUACACUCAGAUCUCUAGGAAAACAAUGAUUAACCCGGAUGUUACAGUGAAGGCUUGAUUCUGUUUAAUAAUUCCUGUUUUCGACAGUGGUCUCAGACGGCACUCGUUCUGAAAACACACACCACAUAUAUACAUGAAGUUUGGCAUUUGCUGACUUAAUGUAUAAAACUCACCAUCUAUAUAAUUCCCAUCUGCAACCAAACACAUUUAGAUUAACACCACUCUAAAAGCUAGUUUUAGUGUUUAGUUUCUUAAACUUCUAUUUUGUGUUCAUAAUUGUAAUCCAUCUAAUUAUUUCCAUAUAAUAUUAUUCAAAUGAACACACCUUUGCACUGUUGUCUCUGUGGGCUGGGAAAUUACUCUAGGUCCAUGUGGGCUUCCUCCAAUUACACCAAAUUAUAUUUUGCUCUGGGCAAAUUUACCUCUACUAAACAGGAGCUUCUUCUCUCGCUCUCUUUGCAGACGUGAAUCCCUCCUCUCCUCUUCCUUUCUCUCACUCCAUCUCUCUCCCUCUCUCUGGUGGGCUAUGGCUGUGUCUGCAUGGCUAUGGGCACAGGGGCUCCUGGCUGCGAUGGUCUGGGUGCACGCUGUGGGGCCUUCAUGCAAUCUGCAGAGCAGGUCCAUCUCUGGGAGUCUGUUCAAGGAAGGUGAUGUGAUCAUUGGGGGUCUGUUCCCUGUUCAUUUUGUUGCUCCAGAACCUGACCACAUAUUCACACACAAAGUGAUGGGAGGCCACUGUCAAGGGGCUGACCUACGGUCAUACCACUGGCUCCUGACCAUGAUCUUCACUGUGGAAGAAAUCAACAGAGAUCCAGCGCUGCUACCCAACCUCACUCUGGGUUACCUUGCUGCUGACAGCUGCCUGGCUGAGGGCAGCACCCUGAGUGCUGCGCUGGCGAUGGUGACAGGGCAGGAGGAGGCUGUAACUGGAGAACAGUGCACCAGGGCUCCCAGUGUGCCCGUCAUCAUUGGCGAUGCCCGGUCUGCUGCCUCCAUAGUGUUAGCUGAUACUCUGGGUGUUUUUGGCAUCCCCCUGGUUAGUUACUUAGCUUCCUGUGCAUGUCUCAGUGACCGAACCAGGUUCCCCACCUUCCUCCGCACUGUUCCCAGUGAUGCCCUCCAGGCUAAGGCCAUCGUCCGUCUGCUGAUCCUGAUGGGCUGGUCCUGGGUUGGGGUUGUCUCCGGAGAUGAUGCAUAUGGGAUAAGUGGCAUGCAGCUAUUGCUGGAGGAACUGGAGCAUUCAAGCAUGUGCCUGGAGUACCUGGAGGUCAUCCCCAAAUCCUUUGCACCAAGCAAAAUAAGACAUAUUGUAGAGAGAAUCCAGAGCUCCAGGGCCAAGGUGGUGGUCACGUUCGCCAUCGCCCCAGAUAUUGAGGUCUUGCUGAGUGAAGUGGCAAAGCAGAAUGUGACUGACAAGCAGUGGAUUGCUACUACUGUCUGGAGCACCUCCAGCCGACACGUCGCUCUGAGUGCCGGUUGCCUGGCAGGCACACUUGGCUUUGCCCUGAGGCGGGUUGAUAUCCAGGGUCUGGACUCCUAUCUGACCCAGUUCAACCCGGAAAUGCACCUACAGUAUCUGCUGCUACAGAAUGUUUGGGAGGAGGUGUUUGGUUGCAGAUUUGGGGAGGAAACCCAGACAGGACCUUCAGUGCCACAGUGCACAGGCUUGGAGAAAGCAAAAGACCAGGGGGAGGUCUAUUCUGAUAUCAGCUAUAAUGUGUAUAAGGCUGUGUAUGCUAUUGCACAUUCUGUUCAGGACAUCUUGGCCUGCCAGCCUGGGAAAGGACCAUUUGAGGAUGGGGAAUGUCCUGAUAUUAAAGCAAUAAAACCUAAACAGCUUCUGCACUAUCUAAAGUCAGUAAAUUUCACAACACCAGUGGGUGAGUUGGUCUAUUUUGAUAAGAAUGGGAAUCCAUCAGCAUCAUACGACAUCCUUAAUUGGCAAUUAGGAGCAAACGGAAAGAUGGAAUUUGUGAAGGUUGGGCAGUUUGAUCCAACAAGAGGACCAGAGCGAGACUUCUACUUGGACCUCAACAAAGUGGUCUGGGGAGGAGGCUGUGGUGAUGAGGUGCCAGUGUCUGUGUGCAGUGAGAGCUGUCCCCCGGGCACCAGGAAGGCUGUGCAGAAAGGAAAGCCUGUUUGCUGCUAUGACUGUGUACCAUGUGCAACAGGGGAGAUUAGCAAUGCUACAGACUCCACAGAGUGCAACAAGUGUCCAGAACGGUUCUGGUCCAGCACUGAUCGGACAGUGUGUGUUCCAAUGCAAGUGGAGUUUUUGUCCUUUCGAGAUAACAUGGGCAUUGUCCUCUCAGUGCUGUCUGUUGCUGGGGCAACACUUACUGGGACCAUCCUGGCUGCCUUGUUCCAUCAUCGGGACACGCCCCUGGUCCGCGCCAACAACUCAGAGCUGAGCUUCCUGCUGCUGCUGUCACUCACACUAUGCUUCCUUUGUGCGCUGACUUUCAUUGGCCAGCCUACACGUUGGUCCUGUAUGCUGCGCCAUACCCUGUUUGGGAUCAGCUUUGUGGUGUGUCUGGCCUGUGUGCUCAGUAAGACUGUAGUUGUCCUGGUUGCCUUCAGAGCAACUCUGCCAGGAUCAAAUGUGAUGCGCUACUUUGGCCCUUUUCAGCAGAGAGCAGGAAUUCUCUUCUGUACACUGGUUCAGCUGGUGGUCUGUGUGCUGUGGCUGGUGUUAGCACCUCCUGUACCUACAGAAAGUGCGGGAGGUGAGCUUGGAGCUCGGGUGGUGCUGCUCUGUGCUGUGGGCUCAGUGGCGGGCUUCUACCUAGUGCUGGGAUACAUCGGCUUAUUGGCAGGUGUCUGCUUUGUUAUGGCCUUUCUCGCCCGGAAGCUUCCGGACAAUUUCAAUGAGGCAAAAUUCAUCACAUUCAGUAUGCUGAUCUUUUGUGCUGUGUGGAUCGCCUUUGUUCCAGCAUAUGUCAGCUCUCCAGGGAAGUACACAGUGGCAGUGGAGGUCUUUGCCAUCCUGGCCUCCAGUUACGGCCUUCUGCUGUGUAUAUUUGCCCCAAAGUGUUACAUCAUUCUACUCAGACCAGAAAAGAAUAUAAAAAAGAACAUAAUGGCUAAAUAGUAGACUGCCUUUCUAUUAGCUGGGGGUUAUGUAGACCUGUAAAUGAAAAGUGUAGGUAUCUCAAUGUGUUUUAUUUAAAUAUAUCGUCAAAAUUUCACAAAACUGUGCAUUUUAUUUAUUAUUUAAAUAAAGGGUACCAUCAUCUCAAAUGUAUUUAUUUUAUUUGAUAACAAUGAGAAUAGUAAGCCAAUGCUUUCCUAGCAAUACGACAAAGGUGUGUAAAACACAUUUUCUGACAUAAAAAAACAAUAUAUUAUUGCAUCAGUUUAUUCUG